AUGUCCACCUUAGAGUUCUAUGUUGGAAUUUGCAGGCAACGCCAGGCAGGCCAAGCUCGACACUGGAUGUUGGUCGCCGUAGCCCCUGGUGCUGAUAUUUGUACCUGGUACCACGCCGAUGGCGGUCCAACACAGAAUAAGCCCUACACCCUCAAAAUCCAGAACAAACGAUUUAACAGUCAUGGAGUCGAGUCGUACAACAAGGUCGCAGACAUCAAGGCUAAGGACAUUAACAAAGUUAAAUCGUCGGCGCAGAAAAUUACACCGAAGUACCGCCAAAGAUGGGCAGUAGACGUGCUCGGAGAUCUCGAAAGGAAGUCCCUCGUUCCAGCUGGAACAUCUCAAGCGUGGUUCAACCAGAUGGAAGUCGAUCCAUAUUCUAGCGACGGCGCCCAAGGCGGCUCGUCUUCCAACGCUGGAGGAUCGUCUUCAACUUCUACUCGUGGGGCAAACUAUACAUCCUCUUACCAGAGUUCAGGGGCGGGCUCUUCCCAAGCUUCCGCAUCUCAAGCUACCCCUGAAUGGGUCUGGGAUGAGCAAGCUCGGCGUUAUAGGUACUGGGAUCCAAUCAACAAGAAAUGGGUUUGGCAACAGUGA